CGGCUGUCUUCGCUUCGAGACAGAGAUGAUCAGAAAAGUCAUCAGACACAGCCCGCCGCCGGCAUGCGCCCCUUCUCCUUCGCGCUGGUGACAAGUCCAGCUCGGUAACGAUACCCACAGUAUACCCCUCAUCUUGCCUCCUUCUUGCUUCCGCAGUAACUUCUUGACCUGACGUCCUUGACGAUGAGUUCCUCGCACCAGUACGAUGUGGCGGAAAUACCGCCUCCGCGACACCGGUCGAAGAGAACAAACCGUAUUUUGGGGGAUUACACCCUCAGCAAGACACUUGGCGCAGGGUCGAUGGGAAAGGUCAAGCUGGCGACGCACAAUGUUACCGGGGAACUUUACGCCGUCAAAAUUUUGCCCCGGGCUCGAAACUCCUCCCCCCAAACUCCCAAAGAAGCCAGCAAGGACGCAAGCAGGGAAGUGCGCACACUACGGGAAGCAGGCCUUUCACUUCUGCUGCACCACCCGCACGUCUGCGCCAUGUACGAGCUCAUAGUCCACCCAAACCACUACUACAUGGUCUUCGAGUACGUCAACGGCGGCCAGCUCCUCGACUUCAUCAUAUCCCACGGUCGGCUGCGAGAAUCCAUUGCCCGGAAAUUCGCGCGUCAAAUAGCCUCGGCGCUUGCGUACUGCCAUGCAAACAACGUUGUGCAUCGGGACCUCAAGAUCGAGAACAUCUUGAUUGACCACCGGGGCGACAUUAAGAUUAUCGACUUUGGAUUGUCGAAUCUGUACGACCCUGCCUCACAUCUAUCUACAUUCUGCGGCAGUCUAUAUUUUGCGGCUCCGGAGCUGUUGAACGCGAAGCUCUAUACGGGUCCGGAGGUGGACAUCUGGUCGUUCGGGGUCGUACUCUACACCUUGGUAUGCGGCAAGGUGCCGUUCGAGGAUGAGAGUAUGCCUGCGCUACAUGCCAAGAUUAAGCGAGGGUUGGCCGAAUAUCCAGUGUGGCUUAGUCCAGAAUGCAAGCACCUGCUGUCUCGCAUGCUCGUCACCGUUCCUGCAAAACGAGCUCUUCUCACUGAGAUCAUGUCGCACCCCUGGUUCCUCCGAGCACCAUACUCUGCGCCGCCCGAAACGCAUCUCCCAACCCGGGUGCCACUCCGUGCCGAAGACAUUGACCCUGAGGUCGUUGCUCGGAUGGCUGGAUUCGAGUUCGGGAGAGAUGUCGAGGAAGUCGUCGAAAAGCUACGUGAUGUUCUCGAGAGCGACGCAUACGCCGCAGCCGUGAAAUUCUACAACGAACGGAAGGAGAAGGAGGCCCUCAAAGCACUGGAGCCGGCGGCCGAAGACACAGAGCCGCCCGCGUCGCCCACUGACGCGAAGCGCCGGAGGUUCAGCGGAUUCGACUUCUAUCGCCGACUGUUCGCCCCUUCGGCCUCAAGUUCAACAACAGCUUCGGGCUCGACAGCCACCCCGCAGCCUUGUCCGCCCGAUCCGACGAUGGGUUUCCAUCCCUUGAUCAGCAUCUACUUCCUCGCGCAAGAGAAGAUCGCCCGGGAAUCCAGCCGCGCGGAGCAAAUCAUCCAUCAUGAAGUUUUCGAGGCUCCUAUGGUCGAAAAGCAAGAGAUCAGCCGCCUUGUGGCUGACCCGCCAGCGCCACCUGAAGAGCCCCCGCAAGUGGUCGAACCUGAAAUCGUGCCGGUCGCUCGGCCCGAAGCUCCGGUUCGCACCGAUUCGGCCGUCUGGCUGACUUCCAGUCCGGCAGCGGUUGAAGCCGCAGAACCCGCAUCGGAAGCAUCUGCUAUGGAUGGGCAUGAUCACAGCGUCGCUCAGACUUCAGAGCCAGUUCUCGAGACAAACGCUGCUGCUCCUGUUCCUGCUCCUGCAUUGUCUGAACCUGCGCCGCACGAGCCUGUGAUACAACAGCCUGAAUCUGCUCCGGCGCAGCCUAAAUCUGAGCCGGAACAGCCUGUGCCUGAACAUAUGUCGGGACAGGUUGAGCCAGAACAGACUCAGCCUACACAAGAGCAAACAGCGCCCGCCCACGAAAAAGAAUCGACUGAUACAACCGUUCAAGCCUCGCUGCCGGCGGAGAAGCACGAGAAGCCUUCGUCAGAGAAAGAGAAGGGAGGCCUAUUGCGUCGGUUCGGAAGCAUCUUUUUGGGCUCGGUCCGGCACGACGAGGUGUAUUCCGACGACAAGGAGCAGGAGCAGCCCGUCAGCCCGACCGCUACCCGGAGGAGGAGGAGAAAAGAGUCGAAGAGGACCAGUGUUCUUUUUACCGGCACGUCUAUCGUUCCCAAGCCGGUCGAGAACGCGCCAGCGGUCACCACUCCCGCUACUGAAUUCCCUCCCGAGCCUGCAUUCCCCGUUCAAGCCGAGAACGACAAGGAGAACAGCAGCGGGCCCCAGACAUCUGGAAGCGUCCGGCGACGCGCCACAACGAUUCUCGACCGCCGCACGAGCCACGAACGCCGGCGGAGCACCGCGUUUGGGGAGGGCAGCACCUUGCGCGAUAGUGCUCUUGGCGGAAUCGCGACCGUCGGGAGGAAUCGUCGGAGCUCGGUCAUUGGAUACGAGAGUGCUACGAUGCCCAAGAAGCGACAGGUUCCGGGGACCGUGCCGGAAGCCGGAUGGGAGGAGGAGCAGGCCGACCUGGAUGGGCAAAGAGACGAAACCGUGGAGAGGGAAGCCAAGCCCGUGUACUUGAAAGGGCUGUUCAGCGUGUCAACCACAUCGACGAAACCGGCUCCGGUGAUCAAGGCAGACAUCCGGCGCGUGCUGGAUGGCAUGCAAGUUCGAUACUGGCAAAGCAAGACCGGUUUCGAGUGCAUAUCUCUUCCCAGCGCCCCAUCCACUCUCAACUCGCCCACUACUCAAGCGUCGGACUCGCAACAGCAGCACGAAUUCCCGUCUUCAGGCGAUCAAAGUCCCGCGCCAACACAAUCGCGUCGUGGACUGUCCAAGCGGGUGUCCAAGCUCUCCUUCAGCGUGCGACGGGUCAAGAGCCAAGACCGCGACUUUCCCUCUCUCAAACGACGCAAUGUCCCUCGGCCGCUGAGCACCAUUCUCUAUCCAUCCAACGACCAUCAAUCUCUGGUCAUCCCCGACGAGCUUGGCGGGCGUGCUUCCCUAGCCACGAAUGCCACAACGGAUGGCCAGGUGCCAUCGUCGGCUUUCUCUUUCGAGUCCCAUCUGCGAGCCAUACCGUCUGAUUUCGUGCCGGGGCCUGUCAGUCCGACUACACUGGGCUCGACUGGAGAAAUCAAUCGGGAGGUACUCGAGUCGAUGGCCGCGCACGACUCUGCCAGCGUCCGCUUCGAGAUCAAUGUAGUCAAGGUGCCCCUGAUUCCUCUACACGGGAUCCAGUUCAGACGAGCUGGCGGUGAUGGCUGGCAGUAUCAAAUGCUCGCCCGCCGCGUUUUGACUGAACUCAAGCUGUGAAUGCUGUGCUGUUCUCCUUCAUCUGUCGUCGCAAUAUAUCGCAGCUGCUGCCAUCUUUCCGCAUCUUAUUAUUCGCAUAAGUCCCCGUUGCACAUCUCCCAACUGUACUUGUAAUUUCACGCUGGUCUACUACGUACGUAGAAUGAUGAUAAUGUCUACUGCUUAAUCCACAUCCAAGUCUUCGCCGUCGACGACACGCUCGCCAUCCUCCGUGAAGGACACGUUGUU